AUGUCGUUCGGCUUCCAGUUUGACGAUUCAGAGAUGGACGAGGAGUACCUCUCCUCCUCCUCCAAUCCUCCUAUCCAGGCAUCUGCACCUUCAGCAUCGGCAUCGGCGCAGGCAUCGUCGUCCACUGCUGCUGUGAUUCCAUUUCAGAGCCAUUCGGUGCAGGAUAUGCUCCAGAACCUGCCUUCGAGGAUGUCCUACUCGUCAAUCGAUGUCAGCUUGCCAAGUGGGACCGGCGAAGCGAGAACAAGAGUGCAGAGGCUGUUGAGGCGCGAUCUGUUCGACGCGCGGUUUCAGAUGCUUCUGGACGAGGAAGAAGAGGACGAGCAGGCCGAAAACGGGACUCAACAGAGUAAUGGAGGACAGCAGCAGCAGCAAGGGAGAGGACAUGUGGAUGCGGACUCGGAUUUGAUACCGGGUGUGUACGAAGGUGGUCUCAAGACGUGGGAGUGUGCUUUGGACCUAGUCGAGGUGCUAGACGCAAUGCAUUCCACAGCUUCCUCAACCUCACCCAGCAGCUGGUCAGAUCGGCUCUCAGGAAAGCACAUCCUCGAGCUCGGAUGCGGCACAGCUUUGCCCACACUCUUCAUCCUCGACCAACUCCUCCAAGAACCUUCCCGUCCAAAUGGCAUCGACCUCACCCUCCACCUCGCCGACUACAACGCUCAAGUUCUCCAACUCGUCACCCUGCCCAACCUCAUCCUCACCUGGUACGCCUCCCCCGCCUCCGCCCACUUCCGCUCCACCACCGAGGCCUCCCACCUCGUGCACGAACGACACGAACUCGAACGUCGAGGCCAAGACCACUUUGAUCUGGAAAACGAACUGCCUAUUACCGACGAGCUCGUCUCCGCUUUUGCAGAGUCACUCGAAUCGCGCGGCAUUCACCUCCGAUUCUACUCGGGCGCAUGGUCCACGUUCCCUCCCCCGCCCGCAACGCACAAGAUGGACCUCAUCCUUACGUCCGAGACUAUAUACUCGCUCGAGUCGCUCCCGGCGCUUGUCGGGCUGAUGAGCAGCUACGCCAAGCCGCAGGGGACGGGCGAGGCGGGGCUGGUGUUGGUUGCGGCCAAAGUCAUUUACUUUGGCGUCGGGGGUGGCGUCGAGUCGUUCAAGCAGGUCUUGUCGCAGCUGCAGCCUGCCGCAACAGUGGAGCCCCUGCACAGCGUGACCAAGGGCGUCGGCCGCACGGUGCUCUCUGUCACUUUUUGA